ACGAAGCACACGCACAUUCUCUCUCCCUCUCCCGCAAAUCUCUGUUCCUCUCUCACAGUCUUUCUUUUGAUUUUAUUUCUUUCUUUUAAGCCCAUUUAGAGUUUAGAAGAAUACUCAAAGCAGAGUACUCUGUUAUCUACUCCUCUGUUUCUGUAAUCUAUAUUUAAGGGAAAUUAAUUAGAGCCAAGAUGACUAACCAAAAUGUGGUAGUAUCCGAUACAAAAUCCACUAUCAACUUGGCAAUCACAGUUCAUGUAUCUAACUCCAAUAUCUUCACCACGGCGGCACAAAAGCCGCCGGCGGCUCCAGCUGGGUAUAUCUCCAUUUCAAGAAAGAAACUUUUAAAGAAUCUUGAGAUCAAUGGAGGACCAAGAAUUAAUGCUUGGGUCGAGUCAAUGAGAGCUUCUUCUCCUACCCAUCUCAAAUCAACACCACCUUCUCUUACUGAUGACCAAAGAUCAUGGAUUCUCCACCACCCAUCGGCUUUGGACAUGUUUGAGCAAAUAAUCGACGCUUCAAAAGGGAAACAAAUAGUUAUGUUUUUAGAUUAUGAUGGUACUCUGUCACCAAUAGUAGAUGAUCCAGAUCGAGCUUUCAUGUCCAAGAAGGUAUAUAUAUAUAUAUAUAUAUAUAUAUACAUAUACAUAAAGAUGAGAGCAACAGUAAGAAGGCUUGCAAGAUGUUUUCCUACUGCAAUAGUAAGCGGAAGAUGCAGAGAUAAGGUCUACAACUUUGUACGAUUAGCAGAACUGUACUACGCUGGAAGCCAUGGCAUGGACAUUAAGGGACCAGCAAAAGGCUCCAAAUACAAGAAAGGUAAUGAAGGUCUUAUCUUUCAACCUGCAAGCGAAUUUCUCCCCAUGAUCGAUGAGGUCUAUAAGGAAUUGGUAGAGAAAACUAAAUCAACUGCAGGAGCCAAGGUGGAGAAUAACAAGUUCUGUGUGUCUGUCCAUUUUCGCUGUGUUGAUGAGAAAAAAUGGAGUGAACUGGCCCAAGUGGUUAGGUCAGUUUUGAAAGACUACCCAAAGCUUCGACUUACUCAAGGAAGGAAGGUACUGGAAAUCCGUCCUACUAUUAAAUGGGACAAAGGGAAGGCUCUUGAAUUUUUGUUGGAGUCCCUUGGAUUCGCCAAUUGCACCGAUGUUUUUCCUGUUUAUAUCGGAGAUGAUCGCACGGAUGAAGAUGCAUUUAAGGUAUUAAGAGAAAGAGGACAAGGUUUUGGUAUCUUAGUGUCUAAAUUUCCAAAGGACACUAAUGCCUCUUAUUCUCUACAAGAACCAACUCAGGUUAUGGAUUUUUUGCAACGUUUGGUAGAGUGGAAAAAGAUAUCACUACAAGGGCAACCAAGGAUGUAAAGAGUAGAAGAAGAUAUCAUAUAUUUUUAUAUAUGUAUAUUUAUAUGUAUCCACCCCUUUUCAAAAAAAAAAAAAAAAAAAAAAUGUGACUAAGGGUGGAUUAGGAGAUAUGUAAUUUUCUUGUUCAAGGUUUAAAAUUGGACAGAACAAGAAAGAUAGACCCUAGAAAAAGGAAGGGAAAAAAAAAAACAAGAGAGAAAAACAAGUCACUAUUUCUUGGCUUGAAAGCAUUUGUACAUCUUUGUAACUACUUGAGUAGUGAGUACAAAGGGGGGUAAAUAAUUUGUAAUUUUGCAAGGUUUGGCUUAAUGCAUAGAGUUUCUUACUCUAAGAUUCAGUA